UUUAUACACACGAACCGCUUGUCCGGACAAGAACAACGCAAAGCGGACGGCUGACAACACCGUCGUCAUGCGGCCGUCUGCGGCUUUCGGUAAACCGUUUACGUAUCUGGCGGUCGCACCACCGGCUAACGAGUCACAAUCGCCGGUGCCGGCCGUUGUGGCUACACCGCCGGCACCACCGGUUAGGGGUGUCACUAAGCGGAAACCACCGGUGCCUCCGCCCAGAGGCGAACAGACUCGGCUGACGACUGUGCAGCCCGCCAUAAAGUCGGAGACGACCGCGUCGGUACCGACGACACCGGUCACUCCUGCACCCCAAGUACCGCACACGCCGGUACUCAUAUCGGCUAUAGCGACAACGCCGACACUGACAACACCUGCAUCACCAAUACCGUCGCCGAUAGUGGUACCGACACCAACAUCGAAGGCACACACGCCGUCAGAACCUGAAGAGGACUUGUCUGCGUCCGCGUUGAUAAGCAAGUUCGAAAACAGCUGUGCCGUGACGUCAGCAGUGGCGGCAGCGGCGACUAUCAUCACUAGACAAUCUUCUCAGGAUCACAGGCCGUCCGAAGUGGAUUCGGGCACCUCUACGUUGGCUGAGAGCACCGACGACGAUGACGACGCUAAUGGGGACGUCAACGAAGAAGACGACGGUGCCGCCGACAUAUGGAUAAGGACUAUCGAUUCGCCGGUAAAGAACGUACAAAAUCCGCAAAAGGUCCGACACCAUUCGGACAGCGCUAUCAAGACGCUACCGCGAGGACCGUCUCCGUUAGUCGAAAAACGAGGGAGUCUGCCGUCGGAUCCCGCCAAAGAGGGGAACGCCGUAACGGAAAAUAAGUCGUCACCUUUAUUACCGACGAAGGAUCAGGUGAGAUCUUCGUUUCGGUCGAGUAGUCGUUGUUCGUCACCUGCGCUGCUCGCUCUUACCAGUCAACAGCAACAGCCGCUAAAGAGAAUCAGCGCCGCCGAAGCCCUCGGCGUGAUCGCUAAGCCUUGUCCUCGAAUAAUACCUUCGGCCAUGGACGCAUGCAGGCGUCAAUCGUUGGGCAACCUGUCGGAAUCGAAAUUCGGCGGCACCAUGGCCUCCCGAGCGUCGUGGGCUCAGCCGUCGGGCGUACAAACCGACGUGGAGUCAACCCAAAGUGAACCGUCGUUCGAUUAUAGGCGCAAAAAGUUCACUAAACGCUGUUCCAGCGCGGACGGUCGGAAUCCGGUGCAUCACCAUCAUCACCAUCACCAUUAUCACACGCUGUCCAGUAGGGUGACGGCCGCGCGCGAUCCUGACUUCGGUGCAAAGCGGGCUUUCAUCCAAGAGAAACUCUCGGGUGGCCAACCGAACACAUCAUGCACGCUUCCACGUCCUCCUCUUGCCACGCAGAACGGCGGCGACUGUCGGUCGGCCGGCCGGUCGUCUUGUAACUGUGGGCAACAUCAGGCAACGUCCAGGCCAAUACUGAUGAGCAAACGGACCGUGUCGGCCGAAGAACUUUUACCACCGUCCGAAAUCGACGAAUUCAACACUAGCCCGCCAGUCAAUGCGGCCGGUCGCGGUUCGUUUGGCAGACCGCAGCGGGUGACUUUCGCACUGGACCAACAACUCCUCACCUCCAAGCCGACGGGAUGCGCACCACUCUUGACGAAAAAACCGUUCAAGAGUAACUUGAAGAUGAAGGAUCCCGUUUUCACCACUUCGGUAGAUCUUAUUGACGCCAACGUCAACACUCGGUUGCCGCCGCAACACCCGCAUCCGUACGGACUGGCCUACAGACUUCCAGUGGUCACCGCGGAUGUUUUGCAGAACAAAGGAAAUUCUGGGGUGAUGAAAACGUUGCACAAACCAAAGCAAUCGUCAUAUGGAGGUUCGCCGUCACCUGACCUAAUGCUAAAAGAAGGAAAUCUACGACGGAGUCGACCCCAGACCAGCGUGCACGAUGGUUGCUCCACUCUGAACGGAGGACUAGGACGACAUACAUCCUCCACGUCUUCUGCACUGUCCGACACAUCACCUGAUACGGACAACACCUUGGUGUACAGAGAUGGAAUUUUGCUGUCCGGGCCGCUGCCAAGCUUAAUUCAGCACCUGGUCCCCACUGCAGAUUACUAUCCAGAUCAAGCUUACCUGUUUGCAUUCAUUCUCAGCUCACGCCUUUUCGUUAAGCCACAUGAGCUAUUAGCUAAAGUCGUGGCCGUAUGCCAGGCUCAGCAAAGGCUGGGCGAUUACGUUUCGGCCGCACAAAAUCCUCAACAUAAGGAUCAACUGUCACGUUUCGUGCCCAGGCUCGUGCAACUGUUGGCCGAGUGGACGGACAAAUUCCCAUACGAUUUCCGCGACGAACGGGUUAUGGUGCACGUCCGGGAAAUCACUCAUCAGUGUGUGUCCGUAGAACCAGCAGUCCGGCAUCAGGUGUCGGCCAUGCUGCAGACAUUGUUGCACAGGCUCACCUCGUUGGACAAGUACGAAACGUUCCUGCAGCAGACCGGUACCGACGCCACCGUAUCGUCGGCCGACAUCCUUACGCCGACGGAUGCUAUGGACGUGUGCUCCAGCGCGGCCAUCCUAGGUCAACAGCUCACUCUGAUCGAAUUGGAGAGAUUGUCUUUCAUCGGUCCGGAAGAGUUCGUGCAGGCGUUCGCCAAAGACAGUCCGCACAUAGAUUCUUCUUUCAAAGACAUGAAGAAAACCAAGAAUCUCGAAUCGUACGUGCACUGGUUCAACAGGCUCAGCUACCUGGUGGCGUCCGAAGUGUGCAAGCAUUCGAAAAAGAAACAGCGGGUCAAAGCGAUAGAGUUUUGGAUCGAAACGGCCAGGGAGUGUUUCAACAUUGGCAACUUUAACUCGUUGAUGGCCAUAAUCGCCGGACUUAACAUGUCGCCAGUGAGUCGCCUGAAGAAAACGUGGCACAAGGUCCAGCAGUCCGCUAAGUUCACCAUCCUGGAACAGUACAUGGACCCGUCGUCGAAUUUCAGCAGUUACAGGUCCACGCUGAAGGCGGCUUUGUGGAGGAGCGCCGGCGCCACAGACCAACGGCAAAGGGUCGUCAUACCGUUUUUCUCGUUGCUCGUCAAAGACAUAUACUUCCUCAACGAAGGCUGUCGAAACAGGCUCGACAGCGGUCACAUCAAUUUCGAAAAGUUCUGGCAGCUGGCCAAACAGGUGACCGAAUUCAUUACGUGGAAACAGGUUGCGUGCCCGUAUGAGAAGAAUUCCAAACUCGUGUUGUUCCUGUUAACCACGCCGGUGCUCAACGAAAAAGCACUCACAAUGUUAUCAUUUGAACGCGAACCGCCGGACAACAGCGUGGAAAAAGAGCACUAUAAAACCCUCAAGACUGCAUCGUAAUGUGCUGUAUUUUCAAUUUUGGAUACACAACUGGACUAUUUUCUUUUGAUUUCUUCUAAAGUCUGUUUUAAAUUUGUAAUUUUUUUUUUUAUUAUUAUUUUUUAGUUGUCAAAGCACGUGAAGGUGUACAUGUUUUCUUUUAUUAUAAUUUUUUUUUUUUUUAAUUCCCAAGUUUUUACGUUAAACAAUUAUUAUUGCACCUACAUGCUUCCAUGAUGAACGAUGCGUUAUAAUACUUAAAUUAUUGUAAAUGGCUGUAUUAAUUUGUAUUCUGCUAUUAAGAAUAGAUUACGAUUUUCAUUAAGGGAAUUACUCGUGUAAUUAAAUAGGUUGUAUUUUUGUAUGUACUUAGGCCGUAUGUUUAAUCGAACAGUGUAUGUGUUGUUCGCAUUUUCCAUUUCAACAUGUUGUAUUAUUUUUCAGUAUUAUUUUUAUUCAAUCAGACUAACAAGUUCCUCUUAAUAAUUUAUUAUUAUUUUAAUUGUAAUUUUUAUUUUGUACAGU